AUAAAGCAGCGAUCUGGCGGAGUCUUGGAGACACAUCACUGCAGCAUAUAAGAAAUUUAAAAACCCAAUCCAUUGCUCCAAUUCCGCACAUUUCCAUCAAUCCUACGAAACAAAAACUACACACUUUGGCUCAGUCUUUUUUUAUGUGGAUGCCACUUAUAAUUGUUCUUAAUUUCUAAUUCCUUUACGAAGAUACAUUAUGUUCUCGGACAACCUCGUGAAAUUCAUGUAACUUCCGUUUUCCAGAAUUCGAAGGUGCUAGAUGCUCGACUACGUAAAAUCGAUCGAGGAAUCGGAAAACAAUGAAGAUGCUUACCGGAAAGCGGUUGCAGAGAUUAGAAAAGAAAAAGAAGAAAAUGGCAGCUUUAUUAGAAAUCACAAAAUUAAAUGACAAAGACAGAGAAGCCAAGGCACUUGCUAUCAAACAAGCCGAAAUCAAAGCAAAUAUGUUGAACAAUCACAAUAAGUGUAAUGGGAUGACGAGUGGUCAGAGUCCAAAUCGGAAAAGACCUUGCAGUGGGUCUCUAGAUAAUUCAAGUCCAGAGACUAUAAAAGAGAAAGCUGUUGCAAAAAAUGCUGAAGAGCCAGAUCCACUCACAAACAAGAAACCUAGAUUAAGUGGCGAAGAGUACGCCUUAUUGAAAGAAGAACUGAGAGAACGCAGACAAAGAUUGAAAUGCAUACCCCGUCUUCGUCUCAAAGAAGUUGGAGAGAAUGCUAGUUUAAAAAGCGAUGGCAACAACAAAGACAGGAUUCCAAUAUUUUUAAGUGAUGUGCAACAUCUUUUACUUUAUUCGCUAAUAGGCAAUCGCUCUCCCUACUUACCAUUCAGAUGGUGUAUCUUGGACAAAAAUACAAGAUUAACACACACAGUGGUCCUUGUAGUGGAAGGUCUUUCUCUUUAUCACUUUAUGGCAUACGAAUCGAUGUUUCCACACAUAACGUCGAAUUUAGAACACCAAUUGGAGGUCGUUACGCCUGCAGCUUAUGGAGGUUCUAUCGUUGAGGAACUCGUCGCUGUGCCCCUCACAGGAACCCAGAGUCUCAAAUUAAUUCAACAAUUUGGUUCUCUUGAAGCAGCAAUGCAGAGUACAGGAGACCUAGUUAAAUUAUUGAAAGCAGUUUUUCCAAUGAAUCCACCAUUGGGAGCUGAUGGGAAAGCUUUGUCGAGAGAAAUGAUGUCACAAUUGCCACCGCAGGAUACAUUCUCUCGGACCCAACUUCUUCUCUCGCCUUGGCAACUUGUGGAAGAACAAUAUCCACUGCCACUUCAUGGUGUAUUAGCAAAUGAACAUGAGAAAGUUUCUGAUCCCUUUUGUAGGUAUCGUGAUUACGUACUGACGAAGGAUUUGUACGUAGAGGCUACUGCAAAAUCUCCUAUGUUUGGUGUAGAUUGUGAAAUGUGCAAAACAAGCAGCGGAUCCUCGGAACUGACUAGAAUAUCUGUCGUUGACGAAAAGCUGAACACUGUUUACAACACUUUCGUAAAACCUGAGAAUAAAAUUACGGAUUACCUGACCCGAUAUAGUGGAAUCACGGAAGAAAAAUUAAGGGAUGUGACAACAACUUUGGCUGACGUUCAGCAAGCUUUGAGGACUCUACUUCCCCCAGAUGCGAUCCUUGUUGGGCAAAGUUUGCACUUCGAUCUUCAUGCUCUGAAAAUGAUGCAUCCUUAUAUUAUUGACACGGGUGUCAUCUUCAAUAUUAGUGGCGUCAGAUCUCGAAAAACCAAGUUGCAGACUUUAUCGAGAGAAUUUUUGAGCGAGAGAAUUCAGGAAGGAAAGCAAGGACACGAUUCCAUUGAAGAUGCAGCUGCCUCGUUGAAGCUGACACAGCUAAAAUUGAAACACAGUAUAGAGUUUGGAGAUGCGGUUCUGGCCGGUCAAAGAAAGAUAGAGGAGUGGAAGUACGAGGCUGAGUUGAAGAAAUCGAAGGAGGAGAAAUUAGCGGAAAAGGCUAAGAUUCGCAAUUAUGGAAUGUCGCUUUUCAGUCACGUAACGAAGGACAAGAAAACUGCUGCCAUAAUUGGCUGUGAUGGAGUAAUGAAUGAGUAUGCACAGUACUUAAAGACCUCCAGUCUUAGUAUUAUGAAUGAUAGCGAAUUUGACAAGGACGAUCAGGUUCGUCUGGUGGUUUCAGAGGGAAAUAAAAACGCAGUGAAUCGAGCUUCUCAAAUUGCAAUGGAACAUGCGCUCACAAUCUGCCACGUGAGAAUAAGUGAAGAGCAAUUAAAAAAUGAAAAAGUGGAAAAAACUUUUCGAGCGGUGAACAAGUGGGUGCAUAAGCUUUAUCAACAUACUGCAGUCCAUGGACUUGUGUGCGUCGUUUUUGGUGGACAGAGUAAUGCUGCGAAUGGGGCUUGUUUUUUGAAUGUGAAAAAAAAUGUCGACCCGUUGCACAAUAGUGUCGGCCGAGCAUAGAAUUCGCAAAUCAAGAUCUGCAAUUUAUUAGGAUUGUCAGAAAUAAACUUUUUUAUCAAAAGAAUUUUUUGUAAUUAGCAACAUUGUUCACAAAUAUCUUCAGAAAACUGUUGAAACUGGUGCCAAGGAAAAUGCAGAGCGUCUUGUUUGAAUUAUUAUGUUUGCUAGCAAUGUACAAACAAUCGUGUUGUUAAUAAACAUUUUUAUACUGUUUAA